CGUCUCAGAACGUCGCUAGAAAUCGCCGAAGACAUGUCGCUGGGAAUCUUUCAACUAUUGAGCUUCAUCCUGCUAAUGGAUCCAGGCGAGGUGAUCACAGGACCUCCCCAGGCCAAGGAUGUGCCUGCCCAGAGUCUGGAUGAGUUCCGGCAGAGGUAUCUGCUGCCCCUCAUCUCCUCGGAUACUAGAAACUGCAGUCUCAAUGCCUGUGAAUCACUGGGGAUUGUGUCACAGCUCUUGAUGCUCAUCAACUCGAUGCCAAAUGGAACCCACACGACAACAAACGGUCAGAAACCCCCCAAACCCAAGGUCAAUGGGCAUGGCAAUGGCGAUGGAAACAGCGGGGAGGUCAAUGCCAUGUCCCAUUUGGCCAACUUCGAUCUGGUCAAGCGGGUGCGGCAAAUCGAGAGUCGCCUGCGGUCCGUGGAGCAGCCCAUUUGGCACCUGGCCACCGGCAGCCAGAUCGAGUGGAACCACUGCACCUCGGGCGUGUGUCGCUGCAAUCCGGACACCAAGAGCUUCACCUGCUGGAACACCAAUCUGAAAUCCGUGCCGGUCACUCAGGUGAUACCCAUGAACAUGGUGAACAUAGAUCUUUCCCGCAACAUUCUGUCCACCCUGCACAAGGACACCUUUCGCGGACUGACGGUUCUCAAGGAGUUGGAUGUAUCACACAAUGUUCUGGACUUUCUGCCCUUUGAUUUGUUCCAGGAUCUGGAUAGUCUGCUGGUCUUACGCAUUCAAAACAAUCAACUGGAGGACCUCGAUCAUCGUACCUUCUGGAAGUUAAGAAAUUUGAAUAUUCUGGAUCUGAGCAAAAAUGAGAUUGGCAUGCUGCCCGAAUCCAUAUUUUACCAUGCCCAGAGACUCACCGUGAUCAAUAUGUGCGACAAUCAGAUCCAGAACUUUCCACCUAAUCUCCUGAGAGAUCAGCUCAUGUUGGAGGAGCUGGAUAUGUCCAGGAAUAAAAUCACUGAGCUCAGCUCGGGCAGCAUUCGAUUUUUGACCAAGCUGAAGACCCUGGACUUUGGUUGGAAUCAAAUAGCCAAGAUAGAUGAUGACUUUUUUGUGGGUCUAAAGAGUCUGCGAACGCUUUCGCUGCACAACAACCGCAUCUCAUCGCUGUCGGCCACCAUUUUUAGUAACCUGGCCAACUUGGUCACCCUUGAUUUGACCACUAAUCGGAUAAGUCAUAUGGAUGGCAAUGCCUUUGUGGAGCUGAAUAACCUGCAUGAACUAUUUUUGGGUCAGAACUCCAUGUCCAGCAUUCCUGCUGAUCUUUUCCUGAAUGUCAGUGCCCUCACACGGUUGACACUCUUUUCCAAUAAUCUAACCACCUUGGAAGCUGAGGAUUUCCAGGGAUUGAGCAACCUUAAGAUAUUGCUGCUCAACAAUAAUAUACUUAAAAAUUUCGAUGCCCGAGCUUUUGAGCCUCUAGCACAACUGGAAAAACUCCGCAUUGACUCCAAUAAGCUGAUGUUCCUGCCCCAUGGAGCACUUCAUGGCAUGGAGAAGUUGGUGGCCGUCAAGCUGGACAAGAAUCCCUGGCACUGCGACUGCCGAGCCCUUUACUUGGCCAGGUGGAUAAGGGAGUUUGUGCUGAAACUCUGGGAUGGCCAGCAGCCCAUGUGCCGAGGUCCUGGGGAUCUGGGAGGUCACGAGGUUGGUCUGCUGCGUUACGAUGACCUCUGCGAUGGCCAGUGGGCCAGCAUGUUGUCCCUGUCCCCGCGGCUGCCAGUGCGAAAGAAUCAGAUCUCCACGCCGAUGAACUAUACGGACUACUUUAAUCUCUACCUGAAGCACAUCUAUAAUGGAACCACCGACGAGGAGCUCAAGGAGGCAGAUAUAACCAGCGUGGCCAUAAAGAAACAAACAUAACCAUUAGAGGCUAUAACGCUAGAUAAAGAAAGCUAAAUAUAACUGAAUAUAUGUAGACAACUAUAUGAAGACAACUUAAAAUAUAUAUAAAAUAAAUAUAUUUUAAGCAUUUAGUUAGUA